UCACUGAAGCCUCUACAUAGUGCCGGACGGGAAAUAACCUUAUAAAAACUCUUCUUUAUUUUUUAUUAAUUUUUUUUAAGUUACUGUUUUUAUUAUUAUUGUCUCUGUGUAAAUUAAAAACCUGGCAGCUCCCGGGGCGGGGCGUCACUCCUGACAGCGACGCAGAAACUCUCCUUGACACCGCACUCUUCUUCUCUUCUCUCCUCGUCGGCGCAGCGCAAACAGAGGGAGUUUACACCAAAAGUCCAGAGAUGGUGACUUUACGCCCGGGGUCAGACGACAGCCCGAACUGAACUCCCCGCCACUUGCUUCUUCUCCUGCCCGCCGGUUCAUCAUCAUCAUCAUCAUCUUCAACCAACGUUGACGAGUCCUGCCGAAGUUUUGUUUUUGUUUCUUCUCUCUCUCUUCCGCGAGAGUGUGCGCGGCGCAUGUGGAAGAAGUGAGUCCAGGCAACGUUCAUGAGUUUUAAAGUCGACCACAAGUGAGACGAGGGUGUUGGAGCUGAAAGUCUCGUAUCUCUCCGACAAGCCCGGUGUUGAGACGGAGAGAGAAACGGAUAAAAGGAGCGGAUGAGAGCUCGCAGACGACAGAGAAUCCCCACAAUGAGAUACCAGGCAGCAGGAGAAAUGGAUAGAAAUAGUUUCUACACAAAGAUUUGUGAAAUUUUUGGAAUGAUGUCUUCCAUGCAAGCAACGCCUCCUUUCUACUCACCGCCAUCCGAGGAGACAGACGCCACGGAUCAGGAUGACAAAGAGGCCUGGGCCGGACACGAACGGGACGGCCUGACGGAGACGGUCCCCGGCACGACCCCGCCACGCGACCGGCCCUGCCCGGACGAGCCCCCGCCUGCCGGAAAGAAAACGGCGGCCGACGUCAUCGAGUGGGAGACUGUUGCCCUGGCCGUGAUGGACAAUGAAGGCAGCAAAGGCUGCUCUGGCUACCCCUACCGGACUAACUCUACCUCUCCCACCAAGCCGGAGGAGUGUUCCAGGGAUCGAGGGGAGUCGGUGAUCGGCCUCGCCUUCGGGACUCCCGAGCGGCGUAAAGGAAGUCUGGCAGACGUGGUUGACACACUGAAACAGAAGAAGCUCGUGGAGCUGACCAAGUCGGAGCAAGACGAACCGUCCUGCAUGGUGAGGCUGCUUUCCAAGGACUGGAAGGAUCACGUCGAAGGUCUCAAUGCCAGCGAGCUGCUGGGGGAGGUCAAAGGUACGCCCGAGUCGCUCGAGGAAAAGGAGCGCCAGCUUUCCACCAUGAUCGGUCAGCUGAUUAGUCUGCGGGAGCAGCUGCUGGCCGCCCACGACGAGCAAAAGAAGAUGGCCGCCUCACAGCUGGAGAAGCAGAGGCAACAGAUGGAGUUGGCCAGGCAGCAGCAGGAGCAGAUUGCCAGACAACAGCAGCAGCUUUUGCAGCAGCAGCACAAGAUCAACAUUCUCCAGCAACAGAUUCAGGUCCAGGGUCACAUGCCUCCUCUGAUGAUCCCCCUGUUCCCACACGACCAGCGCUCUCUGGCUGCCGCCGCCGCCGCACAGCAAGGCUUCCUCUUCCCGCCCGGCAUGUCCUACAAGCCAGGUGAGAAUUACCCAAUGCAGUUCAUUCCAUCGACAAUGGCAGCGGCGGCGGCCUCUGGACUCAGCCCGCUACAGCUGCAGCAGCUGUACGCCGCACAGCUGGCAAGCAUGCAGAUCUCGCCGGGAGCCAAGAUGGCGCCCCUCCCGCAGGCGCCCAACUCCUCCGGCCCGCUUUCACCCUCCAACCUCAAGAGCGAGAAGCGAGCGUCCAGCCCCGUCACUCAGAUUAAGGAAGAAGGAUCCACACAGCCAUUGAACCUCUCCGCCAGACCGAAGACGGCCGACCCGUAUCGCUCUCCGACGUCGCCCACGCAGAGCCUGCUGCCCAGAAACAAGACCAGCCCAGGUGGCCUGGGCAAGGGUCGCAUCCCGAGUCCCAUCCCCAGCAUGGGCCGAAACGCCUCCCUGGACAUCUUGUCCAGCCUUAACUCGACGGCGUUGUUUGGGGACCAAGACGCGGUUAUGAAAGCCAUCCAGGAGGCGCGGAGCAUGAGGGAGCAGAUCCAGAGGGAGCAGCUCCUCCAUCAGCAGCAGCAGCAGCCGGGCCACCAGAGUCUGGAGGCCAAGCUGUCCGCACUCAGCAGCAUGAACCUCAACAACAGCAACAAGGAGCGGCUUCACUACGAGACUCUCAGCCAGCAUCUGGGGAAGCUUGGGGAGGAUACAGGGAAGAUGGUCCAUCGAGUCAUCGACCUGACGAGACCAGAGGAUCUGGAUGGGAAUAAUAUCACAGAGGCACGGGUGUUCAGAGAGGCACGAGGCAGGAACAGCAGCGAGCCCCACAUCAAGAGGCCCAUGAACGCCUUCAUGGUUUGGGCUAAAGACGAGAGGAGGAAGAUCCUGCAGACCUUCCCCGACAUGCACAACUCCAACAUUAGCAAGAUCCUGGGUUCUCGCUGGAAAGCCAUGACCAAUCAGGAGAAGCAGCCGUACUAUGAGGAGCAGGCCCGCCUCAGCAAGAUCCACCUGGAGAAAUAUCCCAACUACAAGUACAAGCCGCGGCCCAAGAGGACUUGCAUCAUCGACGGCAAGAAGCUGCGCAUCGGGGAGUACAAGCAGCUGAUGCGCUCGCGGCGUCAGGAGAUGAGGCAGUUCUUUGUGGGGCCUCAACCCCAGAUUUCUCUGGGCAACAGCUCAGGAGGCGUUGGAGUUUACCCGGGCGCUAUUACCAUGGCGACAACGGCGACGCCCUCCCCGCACCUGACCUCGGACUGCUCGAGCACGUCAGGCAGCCCCGAGCCGAACAUCCCCGUCAUCCAGAGCACGUACGGUGUGAAGUCCGAGCCCGGCGGCGGCAGCAACGGUACGGGCGUUGGCGCCAUGGAUCUCCCCGGUGACCCCGCAAACGGAGACGACGACAUGGACAUGUACGAGGACUUUGAGGACGAGCCCAAAUCGGACUAUAGCAGCGAGCACGAGACGCGGGAAGUGGUCAGUGCCAACUGACCGCGAUAUGUGGGGGCGGGGGGAGCGAGUAAAACAAAAACGUGACAAAAACAGCGACUCCCUUUAAGUCCAGAGAGAAGAACUCUGAGAACACAGUUCAUCACGGAGACCUCCGGGAAGACUUUGUACCGAGCAUGCCCAGGCAAGAUCUGAAAGACUUGUGGAACAGUGUCUUGACAGGCGCCCCGUUGAAGAAAAAGGGGCUGAGGAGGGACAAGGUGUCCCACGAACACGACCUCAACAAUCAUUCAGACUUUGAGCUGACAUGGAGCUGCAGUUUCCUACACUCUGACAAUCGUUAAAGGAGCAAGAAGAGCGAGACAAUGAACAAAUGAGCAGCAAACAAAACGCAUCACAACGCGGUGUGGUUUGUAGAGAGCAUGCAUGUUUUUUUUUGUUUUUGUUUUUUUUUCCACGCAUCACAAAAUGCUCUUUGACAGCUAUUUGGUCUUAAAUGUGUAAAAGAGUGUGUUAGUUUUACUAUUAUGACGUAUUUGACUUUCCGUGACCCGUUUGGUUUUCUGUCCCACGGUCUCUCUAACAGGUCUCACUGCCUGUACAAACUCUGGACUGUCGAACUUGAAAUUUCAAAAGUUUUUCAUAUAAAUUCUGAUUUGUGUUACCUUCUUAGUCUUAUCUUAUUUUCAACAUAGUGCUAAGCCUUUCCCCCGACCCCUUACAAACUGCUUAUAUUACCUUACUGUUAUGUUUUUUUAUUUUUAUUUUUUAAAGAAAUAUCCCAGCUCAGGUAUGAUG